CCAAAGAAAAUGGCUACCAAAACGAAAGCGGAAGCGUUAAAUGAACAUUGUUCUCAUGUUUUAUCGUCAGUAUAUCCCGUUGUUGAAUUGAUUCUCAGCUAUUUGCCAUAUAGAGAGUUAGAGUCGUUAUCGAGAGUCUGUCAACUUUGGCAUGGCAUUGUUCGCAAGCUCAGAGAGAAAAGAAGUACGAUGUCAUUUGCUGCAUUUGAUGGUGAUGAUCUUGUUCAGGGCACCAAGUCCUUUCUUAACGAUAUGUAUACAGAGCCAGGAACAGUAUUUCUGUUUCACUGCAAUAUUUUGAAUGAGCUGCUUGAGACGCUGAUACUGAAUGCUGAAGAUGAUGCUGGGGCUGACAUUAUCUCAGACGAGGAAAAAGAUAAAAGUUAUGGGGAAUUUGUUCGGAGUUUACUACCUUGCAACUGUAACCUUGUUGCUCUUGAAGCUGGAGGAAUUGUUGGAACAUCUUCAGAUCUGAAAGAAAUAAACGAAAUGGAAGGUGAAGGUGCUGUAUCUUUCUUAUGUUUGCCCAAAUACAACACACAGAGCAAACUUGAAAUUGUAACAAUAAGUGACUCUGUUGACCUAAAUCUAGUUGAAAAAUCAUAUAACAAUCAUCAGCUGAAAGCGUGCUUGGUGUUUGAUGUGGAUCCAAAGUUCCUGCCGAAAAGAUUUGGCUAUACACUUCUAGAUGAAUAUGCAGUGCUGAUUGCUGGUGCAUAUGUAGAUAAUGUUUGCACCAUGACGGAUGAAUUCUUGAACAUGGAGCUUGUUUCCUUCUACGGCAACGAUGUGAAGGUUGCUUCAGUUAUUUUGCCCCCUCCCAAAAGUGGAUGUAACAAUUUGAAAGAGAAAACAGAGGCAGCAGUUGUGAAAUUGAAAAAAUACAACCUACCUGAGAAGAACAGUUUUGCCUUCAUGCUGGCAUGCAUAGGCAGGGGUGAGGGCAUGUAUGGGGAGAGGAAUGUUGAGUCCUCUUUAUUCCACAAACAUUUUCCCAACACGCCACUGGUAGGACUGUUUGGGAAUGGUGAAAUCGGCUGCGACUUCUAUGAUUGUGCUUCAGCUUCAGGAUGUGACAUGAAAAGACGAAAGAGCGAAUUGCCUAAGCUGUUCCAUUCAUAUACUACAAUACUGGUGCUUGUAGCCUUGACUUAAACAUGUUUUUUCUGUCUGUUAUAUACAUGUACAUUUUGACGACAUGAACAGCUUUGCUUUCAGAUGAUAUCUUAAUAAAAAUACUUACUGGAAAGCAAUAAUCGACACAUUUCAUAUAUUAUUAUUUUUAAAUAUCUCUAUUUAACAGUGCCGAUCAGUACCAAUGCCAGCCCAUCGUUUUGUUCAGUGGUUACGUCCGCCUUUUUGUCAUGCUAUUUCGGUAGCCGUUUUGUGAAUACUGACACAACUGUAAGAGUUUCAAUAGUAGACUAUUUGCUUUUAUAAAAAGCUAAAGCUUGACGGACAUAUUAAACCACCAUGAGAGUGUUUGUUCCACUUAUGACCAAUUUGUGCUUGCAGCUCAAAGGUUCAGUUACUCCAAAAGCAAUACUUGUGUUGAUAACUUCACAGCGUUGAUGUACACUAUGUGAAUGUGCUAUAUAUGUAUACAUCUGUGAAGACAAAAGACAGAGGUCCGUGUAGACCAAGUUACUUUUUCAUGGCAAUAAUUUGUGCUACAACAAUUUUUAAGCUCACCUUAGCCAUAGGCUGAGGGUGAGCUAUUAGGAUCGAUGAUUGUCCGUCGUCCGUCCACACUUAGUUUGUUAACACUCUAGGGGUCACAUUUUUGCCUCAUUUGUCACGAAACUUGAUCAGGAUGUUUCCCAGUAAUUACUAGGAUGAGUUUGAAUAUGUGUCAUCUGGGGUCAAACACUAGGUCACAGAGCCCAAAUAUGGAAAAACCUUGUUAAAGGCCUAGCUUAAGGAAUGUUUGGCAUGAUAAUCCCCUGCUGUGCAUAUCCUUAUAAUUCCACUGGUGUUACAGUGGGGGCCAAUUUCCUGUGUAUUCGUUUAUUGGCUCAGGGCCAUUUAGGGUCCAUUUCUAUCUCAAAAUAUCCCAAACUUCACAGCAGGAUACUCAGAUCGGUGAUUCGAUGAGACAAAUAGGCUUUAAAAUUAAGAUCAAUUAACAGAGGUUUUUUUUUGUGUUUUUUUGUUGGGGCGUAACUAUAUUUUGUUGGGGCUAUAACUUUCACUUAUAGAAGGCUUAAACUAGGCCUUUAACACUCAAGAGAUAACAUUUUCAGCCCAAAUAUCCUGGAAAUAUCUCAGAAAGGUUGUUUUGACGAUUUCUAGCUCAAGUUCGAAUAUUGGUCAUCUGGGGUCAAAAACUAGGUCACAGACCCCAAAUAUGGAAAAGACCUUGUUAACACUCUAGAGGUAACAUUUUCAGCCCAAAUAUCCUGGAAAUUUGUCAGAAAGGUUGUUUUGAUGAUGUCUAGCUCAAGUUUGAAUAUGUGUAAUCUGGGGUAAAAAACUAGGUCACAGAGCCCAAAUAUGGAAAUACCGUGUUAACACUUUAGAGGUAACAUUUUCAGCCCAAAUAUUCUGGAAAUUUGUCAGAAAGGUUGUUUUGAUAGUUUUUAAGUCAAGUUCGAAUAUGGGUCAUCUGUUUUUUUAUUGUUAUUAACCAGGUUUUCACAUAGUGAAACCUGGUUAUUAGAAUGGCAAACGUUGUUGUUCGGGCGGGCGGGUUUACGGCUGGGCGGCGUCAAACUCACCUAUGAAACUGAAUAACUUAAGUAAGGGUUGACAUAUCUUGACCAAACUUGGUCUAUAGAAAGAGUUUGUGGGUACCUUUCAUGGGAUUGCGUUUGGGGUCCCUAGGGUCAAGGUCACUGUUACUAAAAAUAGAAAAACGGUUGAAACUGAAUAACUUUAGUAAGGGAUGACAAAUCUUGACUAAACUUGGUAUAGAAAGAGUUUAUGGAGAAUUUUCAUGUGAUUGCGUUUGGGGUCCCUAGGGUCAAGGUCAAGGUCACUGUUACUAAAAAUAGAAAAACGGUUGAAACUGAAUAACUUUAGUUAGGGAUGACAUAUGUUGACUAAACUUGGUCAAUAGGAAGAGUUUAUGGAGACCUUUCAUGGGAAUACGUUUUGGGUCCCUAGGGUCAAGGUCACUGUUACUAAAAAUAGAAAAACGGUUGAAACUGAAUAACUUAAGUAAGGGUUGAUAUAUCUUGACCAAACUUGGUCUAUAGAAAGAGUUUAUGAGUACCUUUCAUGCGAUUGCGUUUGGGGUCCCUAGGGUCAAGGUCAAGGUCACUGUUACUAAAAAUAGAAAAAGGUUGAAACUGAAUAACUUUAGUUAGUGAUGACAUAUCUUGACUAAACUUGGUCUAAAGGAAGAGUUUAUGGAGACCUUUCAUGGGAUUACGUUUAGGGUCCCUAGGGUCAAGGUCACUGUUACUAAAAAUAGAAAAAACGGUUGAAACUGAAUAACUUUAGUUCGGGAUGACAUAUCUUGACUAAACUUGGUCUAUAUGAAGAGUUUAUGGAGACCUUUCAUGGGAUUGAGUCUGGGGUCCCUAGGUUCAAGGUCAAGGUGACUGUUUCUAAAAAUAGAAAAACAGUUGAAACUGAAUAACUUUAGUAAGGGUUGACAUAUCUUGACCAAACUUGGUCUAUAGAAAGAGUUUAUGGGUACCUUUCAUGGGAUAGCAUUUGAUGUCCCUAGGGUGAAGGUCAAGGUCAAUGUUACUAAAAAUAGAAAAAUGGUUGAAACUGAAUAACUUUAGUUAGGGUUGACAUAUCUUGACCAAACUUGGUCUAUAGGAAGAGUUUAUGUAUACCUUUCAUGAAAUUACAUUUGGGGUUCCCAGGGUCAAGGUCACUGUAACUUAAAAUAGAAAAAUGGUUCAAACUGAAUAUCUUUAGUUAGGGUUGACAUAUCUUGACCAAACUUCUUAGAGUGGAAAAGUGUAUGGAUAGUUUCAUGGGAUUGCAUUUUGGGGUCCCUAGAUUCAAGGUCAAGGUCACUGUUACUAAAAAUAGAAAAACAGUUUAGUCAGGGUCUACAUAUCUUGACCAAACUAGAUAUAAAGGAAGAGUUUAUGGAUACCUUUCAUGGGAUUGCGUUUGGGGUCUCUAGAUUCAAGGUCAGGGUCACUGUUACUAAAAAUAGAAAAAAUGGUUGAAACUGAAUAACUUAAUUUAGGGUUGACAUAUCCUGACACAACUUGGUAUAAAGGAAGAGUUUAUGGAUACCUUUCAAUGGAUUGCAUUUGGGGUCCCUAGGGUCAAGGUCAAAAAUAGAAAAACAGACACAGGCUGAAGUUCUUCUGUCAAUCAUUAAAACCUGGUUUCGUCGCAUUGCGGCGUUUCUGGUUUAUUGUCUUAAAAUCGUUGAAGGUACCAACUUCAAACUUCAUGAACUUAUUCACAGUAAAUUGUGAUUUUUUUGUGACGAGUUAUAUAAAAUCCAACUAAAAUAUUGUAAGAGUUAUUGCCCUUUGUAUCUUUUUAAACAAAUACAUAUUUGUCUUGUGGACAUAAAAUAGUUCCACCUAUGGUGUAUGGAAGGGCAGACUGGCACCAUCCAGUAUGUAGUCUGAUCAAUUACUUUUUAACCCUUUGUCCAAUCAUAACCAAAUUUGGUCUGAAUGUGUAUGAACAUGUUUGAUAAUUAAAAAAAAUGCUUUAGUUACCCGAGAGUUAUUGCGCUUUAAUCAUAGAAAUUACCUUAAAUUGUUCUUGUCCAAUCAAUUACUUUUUAAGCAUUUGUCCAAUCAUCACAAAAUUUGUCUAGAAUGUGAAUGGGCAUAAUACAUCAGGGAAGCCAAAUCCCUGUUAUUGCCCUUUAAUUAUCAACAAGUCUAUAGCACCAAGUUUUACUGAGGUGAGCGAUAUAGGACCAUCUUGCCCUCUUGUUUACUAUUAAUAUAUGUGAUUUCAGUCAAACAGUUUAGACUUGUAGAGCAUCAUAGGAGUGUUUUGAUACCUCAUUGACAUGCCAGCAAAUAAACCGUUGUUAGCAAUA